UUGCUUCCUUGGUUUUCCGUCCUCCUGGCUUCGGGGUUGUGCUUCCGGUGCGGAGGUCAGGGACAAGAUGGUGCCGCCGGUGCAGGUCUCUCCGCUCAUCAAGCUCGGCCGCUACUCCGCCCUGUUCCUCGGCGUGGCCUACGGAUCCGCGCGCUACCGCUACCUGAAACCGCGGGCCGAAGAGGAGAGAAGGGUAGCAGCAGAAGAGAAAAAGAGGCAGGACGAGCUGAAGCGGAUUGCCCGAGAACUGGCAGAAGCUCAAGAUGACAGCAUACUAAAGUGAGAGGCCCAUGUGAGCUGCGUUUCUCCAGAGCAGUAGAGGAUGAAUAAAGCUUUUUGUGUUGUGUGA